AUGGACCUUCGAUCUGUCCUGAACACGUCGGAAGGUGGCGACCGCGCUCCUGUCAAAUCCGCACCGAAGCCGCAACCUCCGCCGCCUGUUCACCAGCACCAGCAACAGCCUCACCCACAGCAGCAGCAGCAGCAGCAGCAAAUGCAACGACCGUCGCAGAGUCCAGCUCAAGCACCCGCUUCGCACCCCUAUUAUCGCGAAUACAACCGCCAACCACCUCCUCAUCCCUCGCCAGGAAAGCCUAUGCCACAGGAAUACCUUCCACACGCUGCUCAUCCCCAUCAUCCUCAGUCGCGGCCACCGUCGCAUCAUCAGCCAUCUCCCCAUCAACCGCCGCCCGGUGCGUAUCCACCACAAUCUCCGUACCAGGCACCCGGACCAUAUCCAGGACGUCCUGUGCCGCCUCCACUACAACCAGGUGGUUCUUUCCACGAUGCGCGGUCCCCAAGCGGCCCAACUCCAGGUCAAUCCCCUUAUCGAGCUUCAACAACCCCUUCUGCUGCAACUGCUGCUGCUGGUUAUCCCUUCCCCCAUACCCAGUCCCCUGCAGAAGUAGCAAGUCCAGUCCAACGACACCAGCAUUCACCUGCUCAAUACCCUCCUCGGGAAAGCUUCUCACAGGGCCCACAAGUCAUACCCCCUGGCCAUGUACACGGCUAUCCUGCAACUCAACAACAGCAACAUCAUCAAAACUCUAUUCCACAGACGCCUCCUGUCGCCACUGCAGUUAACCAGCAAUACAAUCAACGCCCUCCCUCUGCUUCACGUUCUACACAUUCUACUCCAACUCCAACAUCUGCUCAUACUCAACACCCUUACGGCUUCGUUCAAGGUAGUAGUCCUGUUGUCGCUUCACGCCCACCUCCUGCAGAAUACGGUCAUAGUCGCCAACCAUCCCAGCCCGCUACGCCUGUCGCUCCGCCUUUGUCCUCUGGGUCAAGGCAACCAUCCGUCCCUGGUGUAUUCGCACAGCCUUCGAGUCCAUAUCAACAAAGGCUUUCAUACACAGCAGCUGCUCCAGUAGCGCAAGCACAGACACAGGUACAAGCACAAGUAAAAAGUUCACCACCUCCGCCUCCGCCGCCCACCAAACGUAUAUCUAGCAGUUACGGCUCGCCGGCUCCAGACGCACAUCGACGAUCUCAAUCGCACAGUGAACGCGCUCCAAGUCCAUCCGUCAGUCCCAAGUCUCGAGUCCCUUCACUUCACAGCAAUCCCGAUCCGCUUGCAGCGCUGGCGGCAGCAGACGCCAAAAAUAAACAGUCGCAACCUCUAUCUCUUCCGCAACCGAUGGCUAUAGAUACAGAGCGCGCGGCAACCCCUGCCAAGCGCAAGCUCGAGGACCGCAUUUUCGAUAGCAGUCCCCAAGAGCCAGAGGAGAAGCGAAUCAAGUCUAGCGAGACCAACGGCGGCCAGAUUCCCGUUAAGCGCGAAUCUGUGUCGGACCUGCCUUUGAGUAGAAGGCGAAGACGCUAUUCGCAGCCCCCCAUAUGGGCGCAAGACUCCCGAAGAAUGGCCGGCAUGCCUUCGAAUGCCAACUUUGUACUGCAAAAGAGGCUUCAUUCGCAUAUUAAUGGAAAGCAAGAACAGAAACCUCGUCCUAGUCGCCAUGCCUCGCCCGAGACGAACAGGACUGCGCCGCCACCCACCGAACCAGCACCGCAAGAGAUUCUCGGUCCAUGGGAACCUAGCAUUACCGGAGUUAAGCCUUUCGAGGAUAUUAGCAGAAAGGUAGCAGAUUUCCUGUUCCUCAACGUGCUUAAUGCGCCUGAUAUGAUGGAAAUCUCCAGCAAAAGUAUUCAGUUUGAAGUGGAAGCAAAACUCGGCACUUUGAUCGAUAAGGACACUCGUUAUCGGGUUAAUCAAAAUAUAGCCUCUGAGUGUAUCUUGAUGGAUAGUAGUCGCAUCGCCUUUGAAAGUAGUAUGACCGAGCAUAGAAUCCCUGGCUGCAUAAGAAACCGCCUAGCAAAGGGAAGAAGGACCCGCGUACGGGUGACGCACGACCAGAAAACACAGGAGGUCCUAGGCAAAAUUAUAAAAGCCCGUGUUGCCGAUCUCGACAUUCAUUUUCCUGAACUCCCUAUGGACUGCCGAAUCAGUAUCAACCUCGAGAUGGAUUGGGAUGGCUCAUUAGAGGAGCUAGAAGGAAUUCCGAACCCGGGAGAUAACCCUGAUCGGAACAAGGACAGGCUUAGCUAUACGCAAGGGCCGUAUCAGAUUGACCUCACGCAGGUCAUCCAAUCUGGUCCAGGGGGUCGCCCAGAAAAGAAGCAUGAGCUUGAAAUCGAGAUUGACUCAAAAUUGCUGAUUGAUCAGGGCCGGAAGGCCGCUAAUGGUGUGGCGCACCGUUAUCCAGAGCUCGUGGAAGGUCUCGUUGACAAUAUACGAGUCCUCGCGCGCAAGGCACGGGAUUUCGAGCAGCAUUAA